UGGACGGCUUGCUUGCCGCCUGCGCGAUUUUUUGGGAAAUUCGCGCGUCAGUUAUUUUUUGGUCAUAUUUCAUGUACACAUCUUUAGUUGAUCACAAUGGGUGCAUAUUUAUCUGAACCCGUUACUGAAAAAAUGUCCAGCGAUGAGUCGAACGCCAAACUAGAGUGCGGUGCAAGCUCCAUGCAAGGAUGGCGUGUCAACCAAGAGGAUGCACAUAAUACAAUCUUAGAUUAUGAUGCUGAAACAUCUUUCUUUGCUGUAUACGAUGGUCACGGCGGCGCCGAGGUGGCUACAUACUGUUCACAAAAUUUGCCAGAAUAUAUUAAAAAAACAGAUGCAUACAAAAAUGGGGACCUUGUUAAUGCUUUAACAGAUGCCUUUUUGGGAUUUGAUGCAACAAUUGUAACAAAAGAGGUUAUGGAUAUCUUGAAGGAACUUGCAGGUGAAAUAAACCCGCCGGGCACAAGUGAUAUUGAAGAAUCUGAAGAUGAAAAUGUUAGUAAUUUAUAUCAAGAGGCACACCUACCUUUACAGGAAGUGCUGGCUAAAUAUGAGAAUAAAUUAACCGCACUGCACAGAGCAAGACUUGGUGAUUCAAGCACACCUCUGUCACCAUGCUUGAGAGCCAAAAAGAACACAGAUGAAUCAGGGGCAUCAGCAGCAUCAAGUUCAAGUUCAGGGCAUGCUGCGGGCUCUAGCUUAGAACAAACUUGUGAUGCCACAUCUUCUAGCAAAAAUGGUCUAACAGUUGAUGAUAAGGAGAAUGCUGAUGAGGAUUCUGGAGGAGUUUCAUCAACAAAUUCCAAUGAAGUGGACAAAGAUCUGAAUGGAGAGGUUUCAACGAGUGAACCUGAUAAAGUGGUUAAGGAAAAUGAUAAACCAAAUUUACCAGCACCUGACAGUUCUGAAGAUAACCAACCUGACCAACCUGAGCAGAGCGAGGAUGUCAAAAGUUCUACAAAUGGUUGUAAUGUUGUCACCACUGAAAAUUGUAAUGGAGAAGUGACAGGCUCUAAACCAAUGGAUGGGGAAGACAGUAAUAUUACUUCGUCUAAUGGUUCUGUGACACCGGUCAAGUCUGGCAAAGCCAAUGAUAAAUCAUCGCCUGUGUCAAGUUCGGGCAAAGAAGCUCCUGAAAGGCCCAAGAAAUCAAAGAUACGGCGAGCAGCCGCUGCCGUGUAUGAGUCCAUCUUACGUCAGUUGCCUGAAGAUGAUGAUGAGAGCGAUUCUAAUGAUGAAACCUUUGAGGGUGGAGAGAUCUGUUCAUCUGAUGACGAUAAUGUUAAUGGUGUUGAAGAAUCAUCUAAUGAGGAGUGUGAAGAAGAGGAAGACGAAGAAGAUUACGAAGCAGAAUCCAGUGACGAGGAAGGUGAUGAGGAUAUAAGCAUGACUGAGGAACCAGGCAAUGAUAGUGGAUGCACAGCUAUUGUUGCUUUGCUAAGAGGAAACGAACUAUACGUGGCCAACGCAGGUGAUUCCCGCUGCAUUAUAUGCAGGGAAGGGAAAGCUAUAGACAUGUCUAUAGACCACAAGCCAGAGGAUGCUCCGGAACUCGACAGAAUCAUUAAAGCUGGUGGCAAAGUUUCCUAUGACGGCCGUAUCAAUGGCGGUCUCAACUUAUCACGUGCCAUCGGUGACCACUCGUACAAACAGAAUAAAGAGUUGGACGCCAAAGAACAGAUGGUGACAGCUCUGCCUGAUGUCAAAACCCUCACAGUGGACCCCGCUAAGGACCAGUUCAUGGUGCUGGCGUGUGACGGCAUAUGGAACUUCAUGUCCAGUCAGGAUGUGUGCGACUUCAUCAUACCCCGGCUGGCAGAGGGUCGCGAAAGAUUAUCACAGAUCUGUGAAGAGAUGUUCGACCACUGCCUAGCGCCGUCAACGAUGGGUGACGGCACCGGGUGUGACAACAUGACGGCCAUCAUUGUGAGGUUCAAGGAGGGCCUGAUAGCGGAGGUGGGUCAGUGCGCCGCCGACUGCCCCAAGAAGCGCGUCGCCGACAGCGAGCCGUGCAACGAGACCCAACAGGACAAUAAGAGGCAAAAACUUGACGACACACUGUCAAGUUCCGUGGUGACAUCCAGUGUUUAGACUUAGGUUGACUAGGGAAACAGUGUUACGACUCAUACUGAUGUGUCAAGAAGGCUGCGGUCACAAAACUUCCAAUAUACGAGCUACAGCGGGCUGAAAUACCAACUUACAUGUACAUUCAAAACAUCAGAUGAAAAUGUCUACUUGGACAUUUUUAACCCAAUGUAUCCCGCUUGUCGCAAGUUUCAUGACUGCGGUCUAAGACUUUGUGGAUAACAUUGUCAUCUAAUGCAGGCCAUUGAUUACACUUCAUUUAAUUUUAUGCAUUCUUUUCAAGACAUUUUCUCAGUUCAUUUAACCGUGAGAUUUUAUGUAAACUGUGAAUUUCCCCAAGCAUUAUCAUACAAAACAAACAAUUUGUAUAAUAAUGCUUUUGAAAGUAAAAGGCAAAAAAGACCGAACCGGACCCCUUAUAACUGAAAUAUAUAAAAAUUGAACAAUACCAAAGUUCGUAAAAUUAAAAGCUUAACAAUUUUAUUUUCAUUUGUUAAUUUCAUACAAAAUUCAGUUAAUUUUCUCAUACACAAUGAAUGGUAUUCCUGUAGAUCAUGUUACGAAUAAUAUUAGAAUACAAUUUUUCUACAUACAUGUAACUUGUAAAUUAUAUUUAAGAAAGGAAUAAACCAUAUUGCCAAAAUAUUUUUUUUUAUUCAAAUGUAUAGAAUUUCUAGAUAGAAAAUUACAUUUAAUUAUUUGAUCAUGGUAUUUCGAUAUGAUCCCAGAAUAACAUAUCUUGCCUACAUUAAGACAAAUUGAUGUAAAACAACUUAAAAUAUGUACAUUAGCCCAUUAAACAUGGUUUGAUCAUUUUGUUUAUUAAAAUGCACAGAUUAUUUAUAGGUUUACAUAAAAUCUCAAAAGAAAUGAAGACUUAAUAUUAAUUCAUUUAUUUCUAUCUUAAUUACGACAUUUUUCCUCUAGAAUAUAAUAAACAUCUCUUUAUAGGGUCAAGAUUUAGCAAAUAAUCUUUAAACAGGGCCGAUAUGGAUAAUAUUUGUUUCAAAAGCAAUAGAAAGUCGAAUAAUUGACUACAUUCUUAGUUUAAAAGAUGACAAAGUCCUUGUGAUUAAAGAUAAUUUGCCUAAAGUAGCCUUAUUUGUAAUAAGAAGGUGUUACAAGUUAAUUUAAGUAUAAAAUAUAGAUGCAGAACAUUGGGAAGUAUAGACAUUUUUGAACUGAUUUGUCUGUGUUAGCAUUUAGUUGUAAGUUGUAAAUGUAAACUUACGAAAUAAAUAUCAAAUACCACUUAAAUGUUAGAUGUAGAAAGUAAAUUCAGUGACUUUAAUCUUGUUUUAGUCACAAUUUGUUUGAUAUCUGAAUCAUUUGAAUCUGACAAAUUUAAUUAAAAAAAAACAAGCACUUGUUAUAUUCAGAAUUACAAAAAAGUAUAAAAUCAAUAGUAAAUUCAUGUGUCCCAAGUUGAUACAAACCAAAAAAUAUGUAAAUCAAAAACGUGUUUGGUAAUUGUCAGUGUUCCUACAAAGUGGUUUCGUAAAUAAAACAGUAUAUUCAAUUAUUUAUCUGUUACUGAGUAGCAUAAGUAUGUAGUUAUAUUUUUGUAAUCACAAGUUUGUAAAAUUGUAUUUCUCUGAUUUUUAGUCAACUUCUGGGAAAAAAUAAAUAAAUCGUUGGAAAUCAUGGUUAAACUUAAAUGCUAAUAUUCUUAAAAAAUAGUCCAGUCUAGGUUUGGUUGUCUGCAAAACUGGUUUCAUUAUAGAAAUGUUUUUA